GAUUGUCCUUAAUUUGUCAAGUGAUCUUAAUGGUCUAGACUUAAAUCAACAUAAGCGACACAAUGUAUGAGGAGCAGUUUUUGUUUGUUUCAAUACUGAUGCAGCCAACUGUAAGACUGGUUUCUUUUGUCUUAUUUAUUUUUUUAACUGUCAUUAUGGGCCUAAUGAGUAAAUAACAUAUCCAUAUGAAAAUUUAUCUCAACUCUGUAGUGGGAUUUUAGUUUUAGUGCAGCUAAUGAGAAUUGACAGGCCCAUAUCUGUCCACUAUUCCACUCAGUUGGGACAUACUUAGUUUAUCAAGAUGUGAGGUUAUCUUUGUAUUAUUUUCUUUGGCUGGUAACUUACUGUUUGUUGUCUGCUUAUGUAGCUCAAUUUGUCUAAAUUACCUGUUUAAACAAUUUUUUGCUCUUAGAAUAUUUUUUCUUUGUUAUUUGUUGAGGCUCCUUAGUUUCUCUCUUAGAAUAUAUAUAUAUAUAUAUAUAUUGUUAUUUGUUGAGGCUUAUUAGUUUUGCAGGUUCUGACUACAUGAGUGUGUUAAUAAUUUAAUGGAAUAUAUUCUGACUUUAUAAGCUCUGUGACACUAAUGCAGCAUUUGCAUCUUCAAGCAUCACCAUUGUCUUUAGAGGAGGUAAGGAUUUCAUCUAUUGACAUCAAAGGACUUCAUUAUGACAUCAAGUUGUUGUGGUUCUAUCUAUCAAGAUAGUAGAUGUCUUCGAUGCUAUACAAUUGAGAGUGUCCAUCACGAAAAUUGGGUGUCUUAUAGACCAUCAGCAUCAUUCAAUUUAGCUUACACCACUAAUGUUUUUAUUUAAGCAGUUUAAUUUUAAAGAAUGGAUUUUCCGUGAGACGUGUUUGUAGGCUAAUAUAACAUUUGUGCUUUAGUCUCUGUGCCAGUUGCUCAGCAUUCCUUAAUCUUUGCUCUAGGAAUUUUUUUAGUGUUGCAAAAUCAUAGUACCAUCAUGUUUCAAGGUCGCUUCUCUUCUGCAUAUAAUCUCAAGUAAUUUAUUGUUAAAAGCAGUCAUCAAUUGUGCUUUCAGAAUUUACUUCAACCAGUUCUUUCGUCAAAAGUCAAAAGCUGCGAGCAAAAUUUAGAAGCAUUUGGUUUCCAUUUCAAGUUUACAUGACUUCAUAGAACCUUGCACUUGCAUAUAUUCACUUUCUGUCUUGGUAGUCAGAUAUCAGUUCAUGUUACUUUCAUCUCUUGUAUAUUUGUAAUGUAUUGGGCUGUGUAUAUUUUCCUUCCCCUUCAGUUGAUGGUUCUCAUCUUCAUUCAAUGCUGUUUCUCGGAUCAUGUAACAUGGGAGAUAAAUUUCCAUUUAUUUAGUUUUAGAUUUCGUUCACUACUAAAUAAUAAUUUGAUCUUAUAUGAAAUUUCUUUAUGGUAGUUGUAUAAGUGGUUAGCAUUUGUGGACUUGCAUCGUUUUUUUUAUUGUUAGUACUAGAGAAGGUUUCAUUAUUUCACCUAAAAAACUGUGCGAAAGCAUCGAUAGUCACGUCUACCCUUAUUAAAAUAUUUGUAAUUAUCAAUACUUUUAUGCUGCAUAAUCUGCUAUUCAAGUUGCCUGGAAGCAGAAUUUGGCAAUUAGCAUACUGAACCUUGUGCCAGUGUUCUUUCUGAAUCUUCUUUAGAUUGUUAGCUUGCUUAGAUAUUGUUCUUACCUACUCAUGGUAUUAGGAGUGUGCUUCCACAUAAUAUGUUUUGUGUCAGGCACUAGAAAGCAGGGCGGAACUACUUCCUCUGCAGCUGCUGGAUAGGUGGAGCCUUUCAAUAUGUUAAGGAAUCUCUUGUGGGCCACAUCAAAGCAUGAUGUUUACAUGAUGGAGAACUACUCAGUAAUGCACUGGUCAUCACUGCUUCGAAGAGGCAAAGAGGUGCUAAAUGUAUCUGGGAAAAUUGUCCCUACUCAGAAGUAUGGAUCUUCAUGUGCCCACCCACUUUCUAGAGUACAAAUCAGCACCAUGGUUGUGAAAGAUAACUUGAUAGUUGCUGGUGGUUUUCAAGGGGAGCUCAUUUAUAAGUACCUAAAUAAUCCUGGAGUCGCGUUCUGCGGAAAAGUAACCAAUGAGAAUAAUGCCAUCACCAAUGCCGUAGAUGUUUAUUGCGCUCGGAACGGUUCCCUUCGAGUGAUGACUGCUAAUAAUGAUUGUUAUGUGAGGAUCUUUGAUGCCAACAACUUUGCCUUGCUCAAUCGGCUUUCCUAUUCUUGGUCCAUAAAUAGUACCUCAGUUAGCCCAGAUGGGAAGUUUCUUGCUGUCCUCGGAGACAACACAGAUUGUUUAAUAGCAGAUGCUCAAUCGGGAAAAAUGAUCGGCAAUCUAAAGGGCCAUUUGGACUAUUCUUUCUCUUCUGCUUGGCACCCCGAUAGCCACAUACUGGCUACAGGGAAUCAAGACAAAACCUGCAGAUUAUGGGAUAUAAGGAAAUUAUCCGAGUCCCUUGCCGUCCUCAAGGGACGGAUGGGAGCAAUCCGUGGAAUCAAGUUUUCAGCCGAUGGUCGUUUCAUGGCCAUGGCCGAGCCAGCAGACUUUGUUCACGUAUUUGAUGUUGGGGCUGGUUAUUGCGAGGCUCAAGAGAUUGAUCUUUUCGGUGAGAUUGCGGGUAUCAGUUUCAGUCCUGAUACUGAAGCUCUCUUUGUCGGUAUAGCAGACCGAACUUAUGGGAGCCUUUUAGAGUUCAGGAGGAGACACCAGUAUCAGUAUACGGACUCUUUUCUUUGAUGAGGUGUACUGUUUCUUUUCGUUUUCAACUUUUGUUAUAGUGUGCAAGCUCAGGAUGUACCUAAGAAACCCGAACCCGGGAAAAGAAAAAAGAAAAAAAAAAUCUGGAAGUCUCAUUAGUUCAGGGAAGGCCAGGACCUUAAACGCUUUCAGAAAAAAAAAGAACGAAAAAAUAUUUGCGUGUGUAGUAUUAGGGAGUGUAUUUUUGUACAGGUGUAAGUUUGGUAAAGUGCUUGGGCUGGUAAAAAUUGUAACUUGCGAUGUGUGGUGGUAUGUGAUGUGAGGUUGUUGCUUUUUUUUUUUUCA